AUGUCUCAGCCAAAGAUUUCCCUCUGGGUUUCCCGAGCUGCUCGGAAACAGUCUCUUGCAGGCACUCUGCAUGCACAGCCAUGUCAACAUCGACGUCUUCAUACUUCUCACUUCGGCACGCCGAUUGUUGCGAACCCUCGAAGCCAGCAGUACGCUCUGCCGACGUUAAGACAGUCUACAACAAACAUCAGCAGAUCUAGAACAACUAUGCCACAAAACCCGUGGCGAAGCAAGCAACGUUUAGCGUUCACGACAACGGCACAGAAGAAAGCGACUGCUGUGCUGACAAACCCGAGGGUCGACGAUGAUGGAAACCCAUUGCUUAUAGAAAUAUCCCAACGAGCUGCAAAGCGCCUACGAGACAUCACAGACCCAACAUCAACAUCAGUCUCCACGACACUCAAAGAAAACCCAUACAACCAUCUACGCAUAACCGUAACCAGUGGCGGCUGCCAUGGUUUUCAAUAUUUAAUGACUCUGGAAUCAACGUCCAAGAUCGACGCCGAGGAAGACACCAUAUUCGAAGCCGAGCAGCCCACCGACUCGUCCGAGACAAAAAAAGGCGAAGCAAAAGUCGUCAUGGACGGCCCCUCGCUUGAGCUGCUUUCCGGGAGCACGGUUGACUUUACUACCGAGCUUAUCGGUAGUCAGUUCAAAAUCGUGGACAACCCUCGGGCUACAAGUAAUUGUGGCUGUGGGACGAGUUUCGAUGUGAAAGAUUAG